UCCCUCUCAACCUCCCCCCGGCAUCCCCCUUGCUUCGUGUCAUCGUCCUCCGCUCAUGAGAGCUAAGCAAGCUAGCAAGCGCGGCUCCCGAACUGCACCUCCACCUCGCCGGCUCUCCUCGAUCGGCUCGUCCCCCGACGGCGCCGCCAUGGACCGCAAGGGCACCUCGAGCUCGGCGGCGGCGUCCAUGGCCGCGCUCGCCGCCGCCGCCGCGGCCGGCCAGGGCCAGCCGACCUCCGGCCAGGCCAACGGGGCGCUGUCGUCGCCGCAUGCGGAGGAGGACAAGAACCCUGCUACGGCAGCCGCCGUGAGCGGUGGCGGCGCCUCCGGCUCCUCGGACCCGGUGACCGCGAGGAGGGGAGCGGCGGGCGGCGGCCCGAGCUGCCAGGUGGAGCGGUGCGCCGCCGACCUACACGAUGCGAGGCGGUACUACCGGAGGCACAAGGUGUGCGAGCCGCACUCCAAGGAGCUCGCCGUGCUCGUCGCCGGCCUCCGCCAGCGCUUCUGCCAGCAAUGCAGCCGGUUCCAUGAGCUGUUGGAGUUCGACGGCGACAAGCGCAGCUGCCGCCGGCGCCUGGAGGGGCACAACGCACGGCGCCGGAGGAGCUCGGCGGAUAGGCACGGCGGCAGCGGCGGCGACCAGGACGGCCGGAGCCACCCAGGGAACCCGUCACGGAACCACUUCCAGAUCAGAUAAACCUAUCUAAAGCAUGCUCUCUCUCUUCUGUCACGCAGCUAGCAUUCUACCGAUAUAUAUACACCACAAAAUAAUCCAGUUGAUUAUGCUGAUUGUAACCUAACCAGCAGGUGAUUAAGCAGGUACCCUGCUAAUUAACGGGUACGUAACUGUUUCUGCGAGUAUUAAGGAUGGAUUAUUCUGUUGUGUAAUUCGUUCGCCUGUGCCAAACAGUACUAGUAAUCUGUGCAGGCUGUGUAUGUGAUGUUGUGCCCUCUGGUAACUGUGGUAGCAAUUGCUGUUUAUUGAAGUGGUACAUUGGCUGGGCCUCAGACCUUUUUGCA